UGGUUAAAUGUCAAAUACAAAAAUUACGUGCUCAAAAUAUAAAUCCUGUUAAAUAAGUGUAAUAUUAAGUAAAUUAAAUACAUCUUGGAAGAGGAAAAUAAAAACAGGACAACUUUCGUUAUUUACUAUGGUAUAUCAAUCUUUUUGUGUUUGAUCAAAAUGUAGAUUGUUUUAAACUGCUACUUAUUUGAGAAGUGAAAAUACUGAUAAGAAACAACUUGGGAUGAAGAAGUGGUUAUAUGGAGUCAGAUAAAGUUUUAGUAGCAGCGGGGCUUACUGCAGCUGCAGUUGUAGGAGCAUUCGUGUUUUGGGGUCCUUCUACUCAUUCUGGCAGUAAUAGAGGCAGACUAGCUGGUCUUGUUAAUUUAGGACAGACAUGCUUCUUAAAUGCAAUUCUGCAUGCUCUAGCUGCCUGUGCACAAUUUGUAUCAUGGCUAGAAAUUGAUCCUGCAGCUAGAGACACAAGUUUACGUUCAACACUAAGGACUGUUUUGUCAGUUGUAAAUGGGACACAUAAAUCAGUACAAGAAACAACCUAUGCCCCUGCAGCUGUGAUAAAUGCAUUAAAAAGAUUAGGAUGGGUUAUCCCAGCAGGUGAACAAGAUGCUCAUGAACUUUUAAAUGUCAUUUUAUCAACUUUGGAUGAAGAAGUUCAAAAAUCAUCUCGAAAGUCAGGAUGUCUCUCUGAUAUAUUAGGUGGUGGGGAACUGUUUGGACUUGGAGAACCUGAAGAGACAACUACAGAAUUAAUACAGAGUAGUGCAGGACCAGCCAGUUUAAGCAGCAGUGUCAUGUCAUUAAAUGAAUUAUCGAGGCCCAGCAGUUUAUUUUGGAGAGGUGGAGCUAAUCAUAAAUAUCGAUGGAUAUCAAGAUCAUGUCGUAGCUUGAAUCUGGCAGGGCUUCCACCCCAGCCAGUCUCUCAUCCAUUUGCAGGGACUCUCACUAGUCAACUCAGGUGUACAGUGUGUGGUUAUAAGUCAGCAGUUCGAUAUGAUAAAUUCGAAAGCCUAUCACUUCCAUUGCCCAGUGGAAUGGGUGACCUAGGGUGGGGUCGGCAUAAAUUGCACCAGUUGCUCACUAAUUUUGUAACUCCCGAAGUAGUUCCUGACGUAGCUUGCGAAGGAUGCAAUUGUGAUCGUGAUUCCUCAUUUCCUCCGAUUUUAUCCAAACAAAUCAAGAUACUCAAUUUUGGAAAAUUACCUAUUUGCUUGUGUAUUCAUAUAAUCCGAAAUACUUGGCAAACAGGCACAAUGUCGAAAAGGCAGGACUUUGUACAGUUUCCAGUACGUUUGUCUUUGGCUGCAUACACUUUUAUCCAAGCUCAGUAUCAGAAAAAAACUAUAUCUUCAAUGUACACUAGUACUAGUGAGGGUGGCAGUCCCCUUUCGAACAGUAUGCCGACUGCUUGGGGAGCAGGGUCCCUUUCAGAAAGAGCGUCUGAGUUUAAAAAUGUCUACCAGUUACAAGCGGUUAUUGUACAUAGUGGUAACGCCCAUUCGGGGCAUUUUAUUACGUAUCGAAGAGGCUACCAUUCUUCAAAAUGGUAUUACACUUCCGACAUUGAGAUAAGGGAGGCAUCAAUCGACGAGGUGUUACAAAGUACUGCGUACAUGCUUUUUUACGAAAAGACAACGGGUUUUAGUGCAUUCUAAUACCAAAGAGUUGUGAUGUUGUGUGUAAUUAUAUUUAAGUUGUGGAGAUCACUUUUGGUCAAUAUUCAUCGAAAUUAUCAUCGUAAUAAUGUAAAUUAACAGUGUUCGUUUUACUACUUUUUUAGUACUGAAAGAGUACUUUUUAUUGUCAGAUUUAUUUAUAUUUGAUUUUGACCUUAAGAGUUUUCCUAUUUUUGUUUUCUUUUCCUUUAUACAUAUGCAUUUGAGAUUACUGAAACAUUUCCAUGAAUAUGUUUAUUUACUUGUUAUGGAUUUUAAAUGACGUUUUAUUUUUUAAGAGUGAAAAUGUGAAUUGUUCACAAAUGUUGUUCGUUGAAAAAUAAAAUUAUUAAUUUUA